GCGUGACGUCACUGGCGAAGGCGUGACUGACAUUCCGUAACCCGAUCAGAGCAUUAGAGAAACGGGAGCCGCGGAGAUUUCCCAGCGAGGACAAUAAGCAAGAGUGGGGAGCUGACCUUCGCAGCGCAGCGCGUCGCAUCACAUCGCAACUCACCUUGCAAGAGGAAAAUAAUAAUAAUCGCGUUAAUCGACCACGGACUGAAGCAAAAAUCAUGUCGGUGGCAGGACUGAAAAAACAGUUUCACAAAGCCACUCAGAAAGUGAGUGAGAAGGUCGGUGGGGCAGAAGGAACCAAACUGGAUGAUGACUUCAAGGAAAUGGAGAAGAAAGUGGACAUCACAAGCAGAGCUGUAUUGGAAAUAAUGGCCAGAACAACAGAAUACCUUCAGCCUAACCCAGCUUCCAGAGCAAAGCUGUCGAUGAUUAACACCAUGUCCAAAAUCCGUGGCCAGGAGAAGGGACCAGGCUACCCUCAGGCUGAAGCGUUACUAGGGGAAGCCAUGGUGAAGUAUGGAAGAGAACUCGGGGAGGAGUCCAAUUUUGGCUUAGCUCUUAUAGACGCUGGUGACACCAUGCGAGAACUCGCUGAAGUAAAGGAUGCUCUGGACAUGGACGUGAAGCAGAAUUUUAUUGACCCCCUUCAAAAUCUUCACGACAAGGACCUAAAGGAGAUACAGCACCACUUGAAAAAGAUGGAGGGCCGGCGUUUAGACUUUGACUACAAGAAGAAGAGACAGGGCAAACUGCAGGACGACGAGAUCAAACAAGCCCUUGAAAAGUUUGACGAGUCCAAGGAGAUUGCCGAACAAAGCAUGUUCAACCUGCUGGAAAGUGAUAUUGAACAAGUGAGCCAGCUCUCGGCCUUGGUUCAAGCCCAGGUGGAUUACCACAGACAGACCGCGGAGAUCCUGCAGCAGCUGUCCAUUAAGCUGGAUGACAGAAUAAAGGAAACAUCGAUAAAGCCAAGGAGAGAAUACGUGCCCAAGCCUCGCAUGGUGAUGGAGUUCACACCCAGUGAGAAUCACAACGGUGCCCUCGCCCACAGCACAGCUGCCAAGUCACCAGCCCCAAUGGAUCAGCCCUGCUGCCGGGCUCUCUACGACUUUGACCCCGAGAACGAAGGGGAGCUUGGCUUCAAGGAAGGGGACAUCAUUACUCUGACCAACCAGAUUGAUGACAACUGGUACGAGGGAAUGAUUCAUGGCCAGUCGGGAUUCUUCCCCAUCAACUACGUGGAUAUCCUGGUACCCUUGCCACACUAAGCACCCACCAGUGACUUCCUCUGCGCCCACCACCACACCCCCCUUCCCCACCUCCCAAACCCCAAACCCCACUGGGCGACUGCUAACAACACAACGUGACUGACUGAUGAUGACAACACCAACACACUUUACCUGCACGGUGGCUGCAAGAGGAACUGAGCAACGAGAAGGGAGUGUGAAGGCAGCUAAGUGACUUUCCAUGAGGGCGACCGCCGCUGCGCAGUAUUUUUACUUUUAUUCCCUUCUUAAAUCGUGUUUGGAGUAGUAGAAAGUCUUUAACCAUUUGUAUCCCCUGUACGUUUAACUCAGCUAUCUCACUGGGAUGAAAACAUUGCUUUCCUCUCCCUAAACAGGAGACAACAAACCGUGAACAAUUGACGCAAUGUAAAAUGGCGUACAAUAACGCAAUUUAUAUAUGAAUAUCGAUUUAGUUGACAGAUGGCAUGCAUGUGGCCACAUUCACGUUGCCCCACGUAUACGCCAGCUGAUGAGGGUACGGCAUCAACAGUGCCAUUUCAAAACAGGCACACACACUUCAUCCUGGCUGGCAAAAUCAAGGAGCCAGAUGGCCGAGUGCACGGGAAAGGUGCCAUUUCCACUUCUUUGGCUGUUGUAUUUAUACCCAUGUGUUUUGAGGAAUGUGGAAUUAUGUGGAAUACUGGACUGGUGGUCUCGGAAGGGAAAGAAAAUCACGAGCCUUCCGGGUAGCAUGUAUCAUAUCGUGUCGUGUAGUCGCUCUCUUGUCCUGCUUUUCAUCCAUCUUGAUUCUUCUCAGCUGGCUUUGCUGUCUACUGUUGGGAUUAAGUGCUCCCCCUACUGGACACGCCCUGCAGUGCUCAGUCUCUCUCUCUCUCUCUUUUCAGAUCCUUCUAUUGGAAAUGGGCGUUGUGUUAGAUAGACAAGUAUUAAUUUUUGCUGAACUAUAUUUGACCAGGUACUGCUCUAUAAAGACAAAAAAAAUAUGUGUAAAUCAGUCAAGAUUUAUUUUUUACCGCACAGAAUCAAAAGAUGCUUAACAAAGCAAAUAAGAAUAUAAAAAGACAAAAUACAAGAGCGUUCAGCUCAUUACAAAGAUAAACCCACCGGCUUCACUCAAUAAAGAUGAACUAAUCCAUGGGAGCAGAUUAAUGGUAUGAGGAUUACGACACGCCGUUACAAAAAAAUAAAUAAGUAAAAUUUUGAAUGGGCAACAAAGACGUUAACCAUCUGGGUAUAGUUUGAAGUUUCAUUUCAUUUUCUGAAUUCACAUUUUGUUUAAUCCUUCAAUCAGAACACACGUAGGUUUCCUGGUCAACUCUUUUAUGCCCCCUAGUGGCAUUCCAGUGCACACGCAUAGGCCAAGAUUUUCUCUAGUCCAGGGGUAGGCAACGUCGGUCCUGGUGAGC